AUGUCGCACUACUGGCUGGCGGCACCAGAUCGGAGUUACACAGACCACUGACUUGGACCACCACAAACCCCAUCCCAUCUCCUACUAAUCAGUGUCUGGACGUGGAAAGGGCGGCAAGGGACUCGGAAAGGGUGGAGCCAAGCGUCACCGCAAGAUCGUACGUGCUGCAUAAAUCAGUCCCAUCACUACCCACAGAUACUGAUUUUAAUUAUGCUAUUGGCCUACCUACAGUUACGCGACAACAUCCAGGGUAUCACCAAGCCCGCUAUUCGCCGUCUCGCUCGUCGUGGUGGUGUCAAGCGUAUCUCCGGCUUGAUCUACGAAGAGACCCGAGGCGUCCUGAAGAUCUUCCUUGAGAACGUCAUCCGUGACUCCGUCACCUACACCGAGCACGCCAAGCGCAAGACCGUCACCUCGCUGGAUGUCGUCUACGCCCUCAAGCGAUCCGGCCGAACCCUCUACGGAUUCGGUGUCUAA